UGUGCCGCCCAUCUCGCAGCUCGAUUGCCCGGCGUCGUGGCGGCUCUACUUCGCAGGAGUGAGCUACGAUCCGGAAGAUCGCAGAACGAAGCUCUUUGGCGAUCUGGUGGAGUUUUUCCGGUGCCAAUCCGGCCAACAACUUCUUUCCAAGGUGCAGGAGAACGACGACAUAUUCGUCCUUCCCCUCGAUUUCGUUGCUCUCAAGGCGCUGUGCCAGAAUGAAGAUCUUGACGCGGCACUGGAGGCCGUUCCAAGCGAGGGAAUCUCGUGCUUGGGAGCUGCUGCGUAUGAGGUGCUCUUUUGUUCUGGCAAGAAAGUCGACGCCUCUGGAAAAGUUCACAUUCGACUAUACAACCAUCCGGACUCCAUGCUUGCUCUCAAGCAUCUAAAGGCCGCAUAUAUUGGAAGGCUGGUUUCCGUUCGUGGCACUGUGGUGCGAAUGAGUAUGGUCCGGCCAUUGGUAACGCAAAUGAAUUUCGUCUGUGCGAAAUGCGGCUCUGUCAUCCACUGUACUUUCACCGACGGCAAGUAUUCACCGCCGACGAGUUGUGUCCUUCAUGGAUGUAGGAGUAAGAACUUUACACCGAAAAGAACACAGGUCGGAUGCAUCGACUUCCAAAAAAUAAGGUUACAGGAGUUGCAUGUUGGUGAAGGCUACGAAGAAGGAAGAGUGCCGCGUACUGUGGAAUGCGAGCUCACGGAGGACUUGGUUGAUGUGUGCAUGCCCGGUGAUGUCGUGACCGUGUGUGGAAUAGUGAAAGUUGUCAACACUAACGUCGAUGUGGGUGGUGGCAAAUCGAAAAACAAGACACAGUGCUUGUUUUAUCUUUACAUUGAAGCGAUCUCUGUGAUUAACUCGAAAAACGAGAGCAGAAACUCUGACAAAGAAAAACAUCCUGAUGCAAGGGCUGCAGCACCACCGAAUGCACAGCAGUUCACCAGCCGGGACAUGGAAUUCAUUGUCAAGUUUGCGGAAGAACAUGGCUCAGAUCUUUUCCGGCAAAUGCUGCACUCAGUCUGUCCGUCUAUCUACGGCCAUGAACUCGUGAAAGCUGGUAUCACACUGGCACUAUUUGGAGGGGUCCAAAAGCAUGUCCAAGAUGAAAAUAAGGUACCGGUGAGGGGAGAUAUCCAUGUCAUCAUAGUCGGAGACCCUGGUCUUGGGAAGAGCCAACUUUUGCAAGCAGCUGCUACGGUGGCUCCAAGGGGAAUCUAUGUUUGCGGAAAUACAACAACGACCGCGGGUCUCACUGUAGCUGUUGUAAAAGAUGCAAUGACAGGCGAUUUCGUAUUUGAAGCAGGAGCUAUGGUUCUUGCGGAUAGGGGGACAUGUUGCAUUGACGAGUUUGAUAAGAUGACAGCAGAACACCAGGCUUUAUUGGAAGCAAUGGAACAGCAAAGCGUGUCCAUUGCAAAAGCCGGUCUUGUUGCCAGCUUGUCGGCGAGAACUUCUGUUCUGGCUGCCGCCAAUCCUGUUGGCGGACACUACAAUCGAGCAAAAACAGUCAAUGAGAACCUCAAGAUGAGCGCUGCUUUACUUUCGCGCUUCGAUCUGGUCUUUAUUCUUCUGGACAAGCCCGAUGAGGUUUUAGAUAAAAGACUAUCAGAACACAUUAUGGCGCUUCACGCUGGCUCUGAAACACGUUCCAAUGCUUCCAAACAAUCACCACAAUGCAAAUUUGCUGCAGAGUUUGGACUCGGCACAUCGCUUGCAGUGAGACUCAAGCAGAGUCCCGACUUCACACCCUUACCGCCACCCCUUCUCCGCAAGUACAUUGCUUAUGCAAAACACUAUGUGUUUCCGAGAAUGUCAAACGCUGCUGCAGAUGUUCUGCAAAAGUUCUACUUGCAACUUAGGAGCCACAGCCAUAGUGCCGACGGCAGUCCCAUCACCGCAAGACAGCUCGAGAGCCUCGUGCGGCUGGCAGAGGCUCGAGCCAAAGUUGAGCUGCGGGAAGAAAUAACCGAGCAGGAUGCUAAGGACGUGGUGGAAGUAAUGAAAGAGUCACUGUACGAUAAGUUCAUGGACGAACACGGCUGCGUUGAUUUUGGUCGAAGCGGCGGGAUGAGCCAGCAAAAGGAGGCCAAGCGCUUCCUCAACGCUCUCCAGCGCAAGUCGGACCUCCAAGAAAAGGCCGUCUUCAAUGUUUCUGAGCUGUACGUAAUUGCCGACGACAUAAGCUUAAACGUUCCAGACUUGGAGAUGUUCAUCGAGAACCUCAACAAUGCUGGCCACCUUCUCAAGAAAGGUCCAAGAUUGUACCAGGUUACAUCGUCCUCAUUUUCCAGCCAGCGCAACAAGUAGAAAAAAAAGGAAUCUCGUCCGACCUGCCGGAAUCGAACCAGCGA